AUGUGGGGUACUGUGCUCCCCCUUUUCCUCUUGGCAGCUGUCCUGCCUUCCGUGUGGCUGACUGAGCAGAAGAAGGCCCUGGAUGAAUAUGUGGAGACGUAUGACUCUUAUUACAGUUACACUCUCAAGAAGAAAGAGACCAGGCUUGACACAACUAUCUAUACACUCAACAUGACCUCCCUGAAAUGGCUGAAUGAAUCUGAAGUGGACAGAUCAAUUUGGUGGCAUGAGCUGUUCAUUGUGGUGCCAAAAGUCCAAAUAAUGAAGGACUCGUGUUUGUUGAUUCCUAACUCUGGAAGAAAUGAUGGUGUGCCUAUUCCAGAUUUUGACUAUAACCUUGAUGACAUCAUUGAUGUAGCAAAAUCUACUGGCUCGUGUGCAGCUCUUUUGAGGCAGAUCCCAAACCAACCAAACACCUUCCAUAAAAUUCCGAUCCAAGAAUGCAAGAAAAGGUCUGCAGAUGGAGGAUUGAGUUGUUCAUGGUGGAAGUUCCUGAAUGACAAGACUGCUCAGCCACACACACUGUUACAGUUCCCAAUGGUCAAGGCCACUGUUCGAGCCAUGGACACUAUAACUGCUUUCCUGCUGAAAGAAUCUAAUAGAAAAAUGAAUGUAGCAAAAUUUACAUUGGCAGGCAUUUCCAAGCGUGGCUGGAGCUCUUGGCUCACAGCAGCAGUGGACAACAGGGUGGUUUCAUUUUUUCCAUUCCUUGCUGAUCUUUUGAAUAUGAGUGAGAAUUUGCAUCACCAAUACCGAUCAUAUUGUGGAUGGACCUUUUUACUGAAGCCUUUACGUAAUACAAACAUAACUCAACAGUUGGAUGAACCCCGGUUCAAGGAAAUGGCGUCACAUAUUGAUCCUCUAGAAUACAAUGGACGAUACAGUAAGCAGGCCAAGUACAUAAGUGUUGCAGCAGGAGAUGAAAUUUUCCAGCCUGAUGAUUCCCACUAUUAUUUUUCUGAACUGACAGGAGAGAAACUUUUCCGGAUCAUUCCCAAUAUUGGUCACACUCACACACUUUUUCUAGGCCAAAGGGUAACUCUUCUGGAUUCACUCAAAGCCUUUUAUGUCAGCACCAUGCAGAAUCUGAGAAGGCCCCAAGUCUCCUGGAACAGGAUGGAGACAAAUAGUUCUGGCAUCAUUCAUCUCUUCACAGAUCAAGAGCCCUCCUCAACCAAGUGUUACUUUGCAAACACCUUUGGCUCUAAAAGGCGAGAUUUUCGGUUAGUUGUGGGUCCUGGUAUACCUAACCCUGUACUAUGGUGUCAGUGCAGGGUUGAAAAAGUGAUGCCAGGUGUUUAUAAAGCAGAAGUGGACAAGCCAUCAAAGGGAUGGAGAGGAUUCUUUAUAGAGGUCACUUUCCCAGGACCCGGGGACAAUACUUUCGUGUUCACAUCAGAGCUUCACAUCAUACCAGACACAUUUCCAUGCAUGGAAUGCAAGGGAGAACAGUGCUAUGGUAAAUUAGUCUGA